GGGAGCUCCAUUAGGUUUCGGCCUAGCUCACUGGUUUUCCGACCCAGAAGGCCGGCGACACCGAUCCAAACCGGGGAAGACGACGUUGAUGACGAGAUGAGCUCCGGGGAGCUUCUCGCUAUCCACCCACCUGAACUCAAGUUCCCUUUUGAACUGAAGAAGCGGCCAUCGUGUUUGCUUGAGUUGUCCAACAAGACAGAUGAUUAUGUGGCUUUCAAGGUUAUGACGACGAACCCAACGCAGUACCGCGUGAGGCCGGCCGCUGGAGUCAUCUCGCCACGUUCUAAAUAUGAUGUUAUUGUGACAAUGCAUGCUCCGAGGGCAAUACCGCCUGCCAUGGAAAGCAGGGACAGAUUUCUUGUCCAGAGCGUAGUCACAAGUGAUGCUACUUCCUCUACCAUUGAAAUGUUCAGUAAAGAAUCCGGUAAUGUCAUUGAGGAAGUGAUAUUGAGAGUUGUUUAUGUGCCUAAACCUCAAUCAUCUUCUGCCGUGCUGGAUGAACUGGAAGAGCCACAACCACCACCACCUCCUCAUCCUUCUAAUCAUGCCAAUGGAAGCACAGCUACUGCUACUGGACAGAAAGAAAGUGUUGAGAGGAUGGAUACACCACCUGAGCCUGAGGUAACAGAUUUGAUUCAUAAGUUGACAGAGGAUAAGAAAGUUGCAAUGAUGAAAAACAAGAUGCUUCAACAGCAAUUGGAUGAUAUUGGCAUCAAGAUGAAGAAUAAACAGCAAGGCAAUUUCUCAUUCUUCUUUGUAGCGGUGGCUCUCUUGAUUGGAGUAUACAUUGGCUACUACCAUGUGUGACAUUUUGGGACAUGAGAACAAAUUGUUAUUGGAAAGAUUAAUUGAUAUCAUUAAUCCAGCCAAGGACUGUUCUUACAAAUCAGAAUAAUUGUUGGAUUUCAAUAUAUUUAUAAUUGUGGGAUUGCUA